AUACAGGUGAGGUCACGGCGGCGGCAGUCAGACACACGCACAGCUGGACAGUGGACGGUCUUGUGUCAACACUCAAGACAAAUAAAGGAAAAAACAUUGGAACGGUUUUCAAUUCCUUCAAAACAAAAAGGGGAACUAGGGUUGCCUCAAGUAUAAAAGAGGACUGCAAGAACAACGGCAACAUGUUCACUUGGGUAAAUAAGGAACAGGGUGGAAGGAACAAGGAGGGCGACAUGUUUCAAACAGUGACCGAAGGACUUCAGAGUCUUUACACUAAAAAACUGCUGCCUCUGGAGGAAACCUACCUCUUCCAUGACUUUCACUCACCGGCGCUGGAGGAGGCGGACUUCCAGAGCAAACCCAUGGUCCUGCUGGUCGGACAGUACUCCACUGGGAAGACCACUUUUAUAAGGUAUCUUCUGGAGCAGGAUUUUCCAGGGAUGAGAAUUGGCCCAGAACCAACAACAGAUGGAUUCAUAGCUGUGAUGUACAACGAUAAUGAGGGGGUGGUUCCUGGAAAUGCCUUGGUUGUGGACCCCAAGAAACCUUUCCGCAAACUCAAUGCAUUCGGGAAUUCAUUUUUAAACAGGUUCAUCUGUUCACAAAUGCCCAACCAGGUUCUGCAGAGCAUCAGCAUCAUCGACACACCCGGGAUCUUAUCUGGCGAAAAGCAGCGCAUAAGCAGAGGCUAUGAUUUCUCUGAGGUUCUGCGCUGGUUUGGAGAGCGAGUGGACCGCAUCAUUCUCCUCUUCGAUGCCCAUAAGCUAGACAUAUCCGAUGAGUUUUCUGAAGCCAUCCGAGCUUUCCGUGGUCAGGAUGACAAAAUCCGUGUGGUGCUAAACAAGGCUGACCAGGUGGACACUCAGCAGUUGAUGCGGGUUUAUGGAGCCCUGAUGUGGUCACUAGGGAAAGUGAUCAAUACGCCAGAGGUGGUGAGGGUUUAUCUAGGCUCUUUCUGGGCCAAACCUCUCCAAAAUGCAGAGAACCGGCGCCUGUUCGAAGCCGAAACACAAGAUCUCUUCAGGGAUAUCCAGAGUCUGCCCCGUAAUGCUGCCCUGCGCAAGCUGAAUGACCUGAUCAAAAGAGCUCGUCUUGCUAAGGUGCAUGCCUACAUCAUCAGCUACCUGAAGAAGGAAAUGCCUUCCCUUUUCGGGAAAGAGAAGAAAAAGGAAGAACUGAUUGCCCAUCUGCCUGAGAUCUACCAGAUACUGCAGAGGGAACACCACAUCUCACCUGGAGACUUCCCUAAUGUCAUUAAAAUGCAGGAGCAACUGCAACACUACGACUUCAGCAAGUUUCCUUCAAUGAAGGUGAAGCUGAUCGAAUCUGUAGACAGAAUGCUGUCCACCAAGAUCUCGUACCUGAUGAAUAUGAUCCGAGAGGAAGAAAGCAAACAGCCGCCUCAGAUGGUGAAGGGCGGAGCGUUUGAGGACUCAUCCGACGGGCCUUUUGGCCAUGGCUACGGUGAAGGGGUCAGUGCAGGAGCCGAUACUGAGGACUGGAUCGUCAGUCGUGACAAACAUCGAUACGACGAAAUCUUCUACACACUGAUGCCCGUCAACGGGAGGGUAACUGGCAUCAAUGCCAAGAAGGAGAUGAUGAAUUCCCGCCUGCCCAACACUGUUCUGGGAAAGAUCUGGAAGCUGGCGGACUGCGAUAAGGACGGGAUGCUGGACGAUGAGGAGUUUGCUCUGGCUCAGCAUCUUAUUAAGAUCAAACUGGAGGGAUUUGAGCUCCCAAUAGAGCUCCCCAAUCACCUAGUGCCUCCAUCACACAGGAAAAAUCCCACUGCGGACAUCCUAUACAACCACCAAGAGGACUGAUCACCUUCACGUUACUAUAUUCAUCAGAAAGCUCCUAGCUUUCAAUACUCAAGUCUUAAAUACUUCAUUUAACCCUUCAUAGGACCCUCACUGAAAAAAAAACAUGGAGAGUAACUCGGGGUUAUUACAAGACUUUUGAACUUUUAUGACUUACAGAAAAACGUUAUUGUAAUCGAUGCCAAUGAAGUUAUCAUAUAUGGUUCUUCAUCUGAUAAAGGGAUGACAUUGGUUAUAACCACCUUUUGUAUUUGGCAAUGCUGUUGACUGAUAAAAUAGGUCUAAAUAGAAAAUGAACACCGUGUGUAACCACAUACGAGUGACAUAUUUUUGAAAGACACGUUUAAAUCGAAUGUUUAUUGGCUAAUCUACAGCUUAUAGAUGUAUAUAUUUAUAUAGUUACUCCUAAAUGAAUAUUACUCCAUCGUAUGCUAGCAGAUUGUGAAUCUAGAUGGCAGUGACAGUAAAUAUUUUUAUGCAGUGCCUUCAACUUAUGCUGCAUUUCAUAUUAAAUAACAAUCGUGCAGUACUUAACAGCAGCCAAAAAACAAAACAAACACUCACACUAUGACAGAGACACUGACAGACGUAUCUAUUCAUCUCACUCAUUCUGACACAGUGUGAAAUAGACUUUUUUGGCCCUGUUUACACCUGCUAAUAAGAUGGUCAAGGGUGUCCAAACUCGCUCCUGAAGGGCCGGUGUACUGGAGAGUUUAGCUCCAACCCUGAUCAAACACACCUGAACCAGCUAAUCAAGCUCGUACUAGAUAUACUAGAAACUUUCUGGCAGGUGUCUUGAAGCAAGUUGGAGCUAAACUCAGCAGGACACCGGCCCUCCAGGACCAAGUUUGGACAUCUAUUUUACGUUUUGCCAGUUUAGUGGUUAAUUCGUACAAAUUCAAUCGUGUGAUUUUUAAAAAGGAGGUAUGACACCAAACCCCGUCCCCAAACCCAACUGUCAUUGGGGAUAAGCAAAUUGUACUAAUUUGUAUGAAUGUGAUCGAAUUCCUAUACUAGCCACUAAAUCGCUGAGAUAGUGUUGGAUUAUUCCUGAUAAAAACAAUGUUAAUCAGUGCCCAGCUCUACUCAAUAUAUUGAAAUGUUUAUUGUAAACAGACACUCUGUUAAAGGCAUCAGGUAUGAUUGGGUCCAUUUGGAAAACCACAGUUAUUUAAUAAAAAAAGAAAGGCCUGAGACCUGACGCAGUUAUUACAGAACAUGACCUGUAUCCAAGGCAUUCGCCAGGGGUGUCCAAACUCUGCCCUGGAGGGCCGCUGUCCUGCUUAUUUUAGUUCCUACCUCAGUUAAACACACCUGAACCAGCUAAUCGAUCUCUUUCUAGGAAUAUUAGACUCAUUCUGGGAGGUGUGUUGAAGGAAGUUGGAUCUAAACUACGCAGGACGCUGGCCCUUCAGGACUGAGUUUGGACACCGCUGAUUUAGGUCAAUCAGAUCGCAAGUAGAUGAGAGAGAUUCCUGUUUGCACUUGCUGUAGCAGUCAUUUGAACAUAUUCGAUUUACGCUACAAAAGUUCAGUCUUCAGUCUGUUACGCUUGUAUUUAAUGUUGUCUUGUGAUUGACUUAAACUGCAUCUUAGCAGCAGCUGGAAACAGAACCUGUGUGGGCAUUUUUUUAAUGCAGGGGAAUUCAAGUAUUCAGUGUUUCAUUGUGCAAAUUGAAAUUUGUUUAUUAAUAUUUUACCUGAUAAAACAUGAGCAAAUACACAUUUUACACACUGGCUUUUUUUCACACGUUUUGUGCUCUGUUUGGGGUUGAAUAACAUGAUUGACACAUUAUUAACAGCAGUUUACUGAACAACACUGAGUUUUGCCAAAGUUGUUUGUUGUUUGUCUAAUAUUUUUGUGUGACGCUGACUGGAUUGUAAAGAUUUUUUUUUCUAUAACAGCAAGCAUUUAAAGAAACAUCCAUCUAUAUAGAAAUAAAUAAUAAUCUUGCAAAAAUAUUUAGUAUUCAGAAGAGACACACAUUUCUAAAUUCACUGGGAUUUCUUUUGAGAAACUGGCACACUGUCUGCCCACUAUAUUUUUUGCAUUUUCAUAAAAAAAAUCUUAUUUUCAUAUAUAAAAAAUGUUAUGUUAUUAUAAAAUAUUUUAGAUACUUCUCUCUCUCUCUCUAUAAAUCUCUCUUUACACACACACACACACACACAAACAUGAAAAUAAAUACAGUGUUUAUAUUUCUGUGCUAAAACAAUUCUAUUACAUAAUGAAAUCAGUUUUCAUUAUGAACUCUAUUAUGCUGUAAAUACAUUAAUAUUGAUGAACGUUAAACACUGUGUCAGUUAUAAGCCUAUGUGCAUUUUAACUAACAUAUGCAGAUUGUUGUUGUCAUCUCUGAUGUAAAUUACAUGUGUAACUCUUUGACACAAGGUCAACUCUAAUAGCUCGUGAAGAUCAUUGGUGUUUUUAUGUGCGGGUGAAAUUAAGAUUACUGUUUAAAGUGAUUGCAGCCAUUCUGUUGAAGCUUUCAGGACACUUAAGUGCAUUUAUAUAGGUGUUUGAUGGUGCUUCCUAAACUUUAUUGAGCCUUUGACGUAUACAUCACCUGCAGCUGUCUGUUAAUGUAUAAAUCAUUGUAAAAAAAUAUGAGAAUUUUAUACAGUCCUUUAAAGGAAAUGAGGAAAUGAAAUAAAUGUUUCCAUUUUAAAUCAGAA